AUGCUUCCUCACCUCGAAUCAAUCCCUGUCGAUGUUCUGUCCCAGAUAGCUUUCUUCACUGUUGCCUCCGCCCCGUUCAAUGGCCUCGGUCCUAUUCUUCACCUACUUUUAUCUAGCCGCAGCAUACACGACGCCCUCUCCUUCAAAUCUUGCCCCCAGCUCUAUGCCCGGGUGUUUCGCAGCAGAUUUGACCUAGUUGCCCAUCACCGUCGCAGCAAACUAGCAUCCCCUACGACUACGAACCUCGCAUUGGAGUUACAGCGUCGAUGCGCGGUACUUCAACGCAUCCGGCGUCGCCAUAUUGCCGAUCACGGUAUCCUUCCUGAUCUAUGGACAAUAUACCUCAUGCUAUUGGAGAGCGACGGGAUGAACGAAUGUCAGCUUCACUCUGCCGGCAUCUCGCAAUAUAUACGUAUCCUAUUGAAACGAUGCCUUGGCCAGCAAGGGGACGCGGCUCGCGCGUUAGCUAUAUCUGUCGCAUGUUUGGUUUGGUCUCACAAGUUUAUUACCGAUAUGCCGUUGGAGGAACGCAGUCAGACGCUUUUGGAACUUAGACCGUUUGUCACAGGGUCGAUAAAUGUUCUUUCACUCAAUGUAAACAGCGGGAUGGGAACACGACGUCCUUUAUCAUUCGACGGAUCGUGCAACCGAGCACCAGAAGUAACGUCUGGCGCUUGUAUCGAAAAUAAAUACCGGGCGCUCAUCUCCUCAAUUUACACCAGCGAAUACACGCUAACUGCUCCUAGCCUUCUUUCUGCAUCAAUUUUCUUAACUUUCGCACUGAAGGAGGCGAUUGCUCUCCAACUGCCCAAACAUUUACCACAAACUCAAGCGGUUGCGCGCCCGACGGAACUUGAUGGUCCCACUAUAGAAGACUUCUUUGCCAUCACAAGAAGAAGGACACCACUUGUCGCUGAUUCGGGUCAUCAAAGCCCCUCCCGUGAACCCUUCGCGGAUCGUGCGGGAAGGAAGAUACGGGCAUCAAGAAGUCUCGCUCAUGAUGAAGAGUUCUAUCGUAUUGCCCAUCGCCUGGGUUUACCGGAUGACACUUGGGAACUUCGGUCGUGCAUUGGGUUGCUAAGUGGAACUUGGGAAGGGACAUACAUACAGCCUAUCCAAUGCCGGCUCGAGGAACACCUAUGCUUCACACCAUGUAUACCAUUGCCCAGCGUUCCGCGGAAUGGUGAUUUUGGAGAGUCGGCGUUCCAACAUUUAUUCAUGAAUGAUUGUGAAGGCGCCACUACAGCAAAUGAAUUUUCGGACGCCACAAGAUCAUCAAAACAUCGAUAUGAACUUUUUCGCCCAACCGAUACCUCCGAGAACUACAGGGACCCACGGCAUGCCCUGGAUGUCGUGAUCACUGGCGAAACUCCACGCAGGUUGGAAGCUACCUGGGGUGCUUUUAUCUUUUUUGGAAGGAUCCGCUUGUCUGAUGGACUUGUCACACUGACGAGAAAACCAAAAUACUCGGGUGAUGAGGGACGUGGGACGUGGAUCUUUGAAGGCUACAUCCAUAACAGACGUUCCUUCGUCGGACGCUGGAAAUCUUUUGGUUUGUCCGAACGUGAGAGCUUACACGGCAUUUUCAGCCUGGCCAAGGUGGAAGAUCCGCCUUCCCAUCUUUACUGUGGACCAUAGGCGAAACAUUAUGCAAAAUACAUUGUAAUUCUUAUUUAGGGAGAUAACACGGAAGUCCGCGCACAUUUGAGGUUAGUUGUGGGAAGGGGGAAGGAGCGUGG